AUGGAUGUUGUUGUAGGGAUGUUGAGCGCAUUGGACGAGGCUGUGGGCCGCGUGGUGACGGCAUUAAAGGACACCGGUCACUACGACAACUCUGUCAUCGUCUUCACCACCGACAAUGGUGGGCCGACUGGGAACGCUAGCAACUGGCCGCUCAGGGGCACCAAGUCUACACUGUGGGAAGGAGGCACCAGGGGCGUCGCCUUCCUCCACUCUCCACUCUUACCCAACUCUGGCACAGUCUCUCACCAGUUGAUGCACGUGACGGACUGGUUCAAGACGCUGGUGGGCUUGGCAGGAGCUACUGCCCCGCCAGACACUGAUGGAGUGGACCAAUGGGCGGCCAUCACAGGCUCCGCCCCCUCGCCCAGGACUCACAUGAUCUACAACAUCGAGAACAAUACAGACUUUAGAGCAGGAGUCAGGAUGGGUGACUACAAGCUGUUUUGGGAGACCCAGGCUCUGGGGAGUGGACAUAUCCCCCCGAGAACUCCAGCUUCACUACUGACAUCAACCUCAACAUUGAAGAAUUAACUGAUAUAUUUGAGUCCCAACAUCAUAUAACACAGUCAGAUCCAAGGCAUCUUAGAGCAGUAGACUUUAGUCAAAAUCAACCUGGACUCAUCGAAGCAAGUGUAAGCUUCGAUCAUACCCAGUCUGGUCCCACGCAAGCAAGUGCAGGCUUAGAUCAUACCCAGUCUGGUCCUAUCCAAGCAAGUACAGGCUUAGAUCAUACCCAUUCUGGUCCCACCCAAGCAAAUGUAGACUUAGAUCAUACCCAGUCGAGUCCCACCCAAGCUAAUGUUGGUGCAUAUCACUCCCAGUCUGGUCCCACCCAAGCAAGUGUUGGUGCAGAUCAUACCCAGUCUGGUCCAAUCCAAGCAAGUGCUAGCUUAGAUCAUACCCAGUCUGAUCCAAUCCAUGCAAAUGUACAUAUAGAUUAUACCAAACCUAAUCUCAUGAAAUUGAAGGAAUUGGAAAUUAUCGAAAAGGAGAACAGCAAAAUGUUGGAGAGUGACAAGAUAAGCAAAUAUUUGCUAGAUGCAGACGGCGGCGUGAGUGGCAGACUCCUCAUUUCUAGGGGACACCCUGCUUCUGGCCAUAGCGGGAACACACAGGAGGGGCACAUGUCUGGGGGACACCUUGCUUCUGGCCAUAGCGGGAACACACAGGAGGGGCACAUGUCUGGGGGACACCGUGCGUCUGGCCAUAGCGGGAACACACAGGAGGGGCACAUGUCUGGGGGACACCGUGCGUCUGGCCACAGCAAGGACACACACGAGAGGCAGGGUGAGGGCCAGCUGACCAUCCAGCAGCUGCUGCAAUAUCUCAAUACCAACAUCACCGAGAUCAGACUCUAUAAUAUCACAGCGGAUCCAGAGGAGAGAGUCAACCUGGCGGAGAUAGAGGAGGGUGUUGUUGUGGAGAUGCUGUACUUUCUUCUGGAGCAAAUGUCACGUUACGUUCCCGCCGACAUCAAGUCUGAUGACCCUGCUGGUGAUCCAUCUAACUUUAACAAUAUCUGGACCCCAGGAUGGUGUGACCCAUAAUAAUCUAACUUCAACAAUAAUUGAUCCCCAGGACAUCUUCAAUUUCCAGCCGGUGAUUGGUGUGAGAGGGCAUAGUGGACGGUUGUCGGAAUGUGAUGCUCUAAAUGAAACUACAGAAAUGCUCUAUAGGAAACUAAGAACAAAAACUACAACAUCUCCACUAAAAUUAUAUUAUAAAUCCACCAUGCAUAGUGAACAUAAAAAAGAAGAACGAAUAAUGAAAGAAAUAAUCCGUAAAGGAGUAAAAAGCCUAACUCCUAACCAAAACGUAGACCUAAUCAUGUUCUAUAAAACAAAGAACACUACGACCACCUUAUUAAAAAAGCCCGAAGCCGAUGGAGAACCCUUUACAGCAGUCCAACGUGGUAUAUAUGUACACCUGCCACCCCCCCAUCCCCACCCCACGAAGGAUGUAACCUUCAACCUAAGUACAUAGA